AUGACAUGCCUCAAUUUACCAGGCACAUACAAUUGUUCUUGUGCAGUGGGCUACGAAGGUGAUGGCAAAAAAAAUGGAUCAGGUUGCAGUCGAAUUGCUGUUCCCAACAAACUUCCCUUGAUUAUUUAUAUUUCCUUAGGAAUUAGCAUCGGCAUAUCACUAUUACUUAUUGGUGGCUCCUCGCUAUAUUGGGGAUCUAAGCAGAGGAAGAUUGCCAACCUUAUAGAAAAAUUAUUUCAGGAAAACGGUGGAUCUAAAGAAGGCAACAAAAACUUUAAUGAAAAUAAUGUCCUGGGCAAAGGGGGCCAAGGAAUAGUCUACAAAGGAGUAUUACCAGAUAACACCAUAGUUGCCAUUAAGAAGCCCAGAGUAGCUGAUCAGAGUCAGUCCCAGAUUGAGCAAUUCAUUAAUGAGGUCAUAAUUCUCUCUCAAGUCAACCAUAGAAAUGUUGUGAAGCUCUUAGGGUGUUGUUUGGAGACAAAAGUUCCUUUCCUUGUCUAUGAAUUUAUUACCAAUGGGACUCUCUAUGACCACAUACACACUGCAUGCCAAAGAGCAUCCUCAAUAACAUGGGAGAAUCGCUUAAGAAUAGCAGCGGAAACUUUAACAGCCCUUUCAUAUUUACACUUUGCCGCUAGUACUCCUAUCAUUCAUAGAGAUGUUAAGACCGCCAACAUACUCUUAGAUGACAAUUACGUUGCUAAAGUAUCAGAUUUUGGCUCUUCAAGGUUGAUUGCUAUUGAUGAAACUCAAUUAAGCACAUUGGUACAAGGAACACGUGGUUACUUGGACCUAGAGUACUUGCAAACUGGCCAAUUGACCGAAAAAAGUGAUGUUUAUAGCUUUGGGGCUGUCCUUGUUGAAUUACUAACUGGCAAGAAGGUAAUUUCUUUCAGCAGGCCUGAAGCAGAGAGAAAUUUAUCCAUGUAUUUUAUUUUAGCAAUGAAAGAAGACCGCUUGCUUGAAAUUGUUGAUAAGCAGAUGAUGAAUGAUGCAAGGGUUGACAAGUUAAAGCAAGUUGCUAUUUUAGCAAAGAGAUGCUUAGAAGUGAAAGGCGAUGAAAGGCCAAGCAUGAAGGAAGUAGCAAUGGAGCUAGAGGGAUUGAGAAUGACAGAGAAACAUCCAUGGGUAAAUGACGUCACAGAUUCCGAAGAGACCCAACACUUGCUUGGAGAUCAAUUCUUAGAUGCUUAUGGCGGUGAAACUAGUAUGAGCAAUUCAAUAGUUUAUGAUCGCAUGACAAACCAUGACAUUUCACCAUUUAAUGGUGGACGAUAAGGUGUUUCUGGUGGUGGUCUACGUUCAUUAUAUGUUGUUUGUAAUGUUUUUAUUUUAUCUUUUGUCAAAUAAUCCCUGUGAGUUGUUUUGAACUUUUGAUUUUAUGUGU